GACCGCCCGUUUCCGGUCACGUGGCGCCGCCCCCGGAAGCGGAAGCGGCGGCGAUGGCGGCGCGGCGCGCGGUUGCCAUGGCGCCCUGGGCCCCGCGCUGGAGGGGCCUCAGCACCAGCCCGACCCCCCCCGACCCCCACGCCGAGCUCGGGGUCCGUCCCGGCGCCUCCCCCCAGGAAAUCCGCGCCGCCUUCCUGGCCCGCUGCAAGGAGGUUCACCCCGACGGGGACCCCUCGGACCCCUCCCGCCAUGGCCGCUUCCUGCGCCUGGCCGAGGCCUACGCGGCCCUGAGCGCCCCCCGCGCCCCCCCCCCGGGGCCCCCCCGGGACCCCCCCCCCGGCCCGGGACCCCCCCCCCGGCCCGGGACCCCCCCGAGCGGGGAGCAGGAGCGGCGUUACUGGGAGGAGGAGCGGCGUUACUGGGAGGAGAACCGGCGUUACUGGGAGCAGUUCCGGCCCCCCCGGGGCGCCCCCCGCGCCCCCCACGGGCGGCUCCUGGGGCUGCUGCUGCUGCUGAUGGCGCUGGGGGGGCUGGGCCACGCGCUGGCCUACAGGUACGUGGCCGGCGCCCACGCCGCCUUCCUGGACCGGCAGGACCGGGAGCUGCGCGCGGCCUACGAGAGGGCCCGCAGCCGGUGGGCACGGGGGCAUGGGGGGGGGGGUCUGGGGGGGGGCGGUGGUCGCUCGAGGAUCUCCUGA